CGGUCCGCUCAGACCGCCGCGAUGUGGCGCCGCCGCAGCUCCGCUCUGCUCCGCGCCGCUCUGAGCACCGGGCCCGGAUCGCGGCGGCUCCUCCUGCGCCAGCUCUUCGAGCCGCGUUCGUGUACUUAUACCUACAUCCUGGCGGACGAAGCGACGCGGGACGCUGUCAUCAUCGAUCCGGUGCUGGAAACGGUGCCCCGCGAUCGGCGGUUGCUGAAGGAGCUCGGCUUGACGCUGCGUUACGCGGGUGGGCACCGGGAAGGACCGGCCGGAAGUAGCGGGGGGGUGGGAAAAAGCGACGGACCGGAAGCGGGGAAAGGGGUCAAAAGGUUCGACCGGAAGUGGGAAUAGAGGAUGAAGGGGUCCGACCGG